GUUGUGCGAGAUGACAUGAACGUUGUUCAAUGUCAGGUCGGAUAUCGCGUCCUAGGUCGGUGCGCGACAGCAGUUCCAGGGAACACAAUGACGUUUCAGAUUCAAUCGGCUAUCGCCGAGCCUUGGAAGAACGCUCUAGAGGCGACGAUCAUUAUUCGAAAGGCAGCAGACGCCUUCCUUCUGCUUCAGACGCUCAUGGAAGAGUAGAUUUGAGUAGACAAGGUGGAAACGAUGGCUUAGUGUUGAACUUCAGCUAUGAUGAUCCCAAGUUGUCUAGUCUUGUCUAUCGCAUCAGACGUGAGGAGAAUACGAGAAAGAGAAAUAGUGCUGUCGUUGAGUUUAGGAAAUAUUUGAUGGGACCGGCAAGCACAAGAGCAAUCAUCCGCUCUGCUGACGCGUUGCUCACAUUGCUAGAAGGAAUUCUCUACGAACAAGUUCAUCAAGAAGUCAAGGAUAAUGUGGUGCAGUGUCUUGGCUCUAUAGGCUACAUGAUGGGACAAGAAGCAAAACGUUUUGUGCAGUGGGCAUUAUCGAAGGUAAAUAUGACCAAUUCUGAGGACAUCAAAGUUCUCUUCAUGUCUGCUCUUGCCAAGGCUGUAGAGUUGGAUGGAUCACGACUUUCCUUUGGUGACUUUAUGCCAUUUCUGAUGUCUAAUAUGCACAUGCUUAUUGAGAAUGUGGAAACAUCAGAGUUUCUCACCCCUCUUGUUACCGUGCUCUCAAACGUGGCAAAGAAUUAUCCUCAUUGUUUUGGUCCUCAUUUCAAGGAUGUCGUUGAUAUUCUGAUUGGUUGGCACAUUGAUACGUCACAAGCGGAAAGUCUAGCUCCAUUCAUAUCGACAUCUCUUGUUGCUAUGCAUCAUUUCUGGGUUGCUGAUUUGGCGUUUUCGGUUAAUCUGAUUAGUCAGUUUCUAGAGGAUGUAGAGUCGUAUUCACGGGAGUUGGCAUCAUUGGUAACAGACGGUCGGGAGAUGUCACCUGAACAAUGCCAGUCUAAAGUGACCGCGUUGCUUGGAGUUCUCUCAACUGUUGUGAAGGCUAUCGGCAAAGGCUUCCUCUUACCCAAUGUCGGCACUGCUGUGUCCGAGGAAUACAUUGCAGAUAUUGUUCAGAGAGUGAUCCAGAGCACUGAGUUAUCAAACAGCAGUUAUUUCGAUGAAGAUGUCUACAUUGCAGCCAAUGAUUGUUUGUCUUCACUUGCUGGCAGUCUGAAGAGUUACUUUGGAGUUCAUUGUGUUGCUAUUGUGUCAUUCGUAAACAACCAGUUUGUUGAGUCACCUCUCACUUGCAUUACUCAUAUGACGUCUGUGAUUGCUCUCAUCAGACAGAUUGUGAAGAGUGUCGGAAACAACAUCCCUCCGACGUUCGUUCAACGAAUCCUGCAGUCAGCAUCACCAUUCCUCACCAUCAGGAGGUCACACAGUGAGAAGUUGCUUCACGGCAUCAUGGAUUGUCUAAAUGACCUUCUCGCUUUGAGUAGCAAGACAGUCCAAGCAGCAACAUAUGAAGCCGUUGUUUCUGAUUUAUCAACGGUUGUUGGGGUCAUUCAGGCACAUUUGAAAACGAAUGUGAGUUGUGGUCACGAUGGGAAGAGUGUGACUGGUGUGUCUGUGUCUGAAAUGAGCUUGUCUGAAGCGGAGGGUCUUGUGAUUUUUGAUCUGCAUGUUCUUCGUACUGUCAUUCAUAACUCUUCCUCUCAAAAGACAUCUGGCCCAUCAGUGCAGCCGUCUUCUUACCUCUUGAACAUCUUAACCCAAGAGUGGUGCAACGACACACAGCUGGCUGUAUACUGUCCACAAGCUCACUACGGCCUUGUCUACACGCUGCUGGAGCUUUGUGACACCCAAGGUGGUUUGUUUCGUUUGGGACAUCAGGAGGUGACAAGUGUGAUGAAUGUGAUUAGUAGUCUUGCUUCGAAUCGUGAACUGGUGUUGGACACAAAACUGCUGACUGUCAAGUGGUUGAGUCAGAGUUUACAGCCAAUCAGUCAAGACAAACAAUCAUCUUCUGAACUUGAUAGUACAUAUGAUCAUCUUGCCUCAGCUCUUCUUUCUUCAGCGUUUGACCGUGAACGAGAGGUUCGUCUAGAAACAGCUCACUGUCUCAAGAAGCUUCUUCAAUGUCGCCUUGUAUCAGAAGACAUUCAACAGAAAUGUGUACAAGAGUGUGUUCUCAAGCUAACAGACACGGAUGGUAACGUUAGAGGGGCUUUUGUAACUGUGCUAGAGAACUUGUCUCCUGAAGUGAUAAUAAGUUAUUGUCAUGGGCAGUGGCAGACAGUUUCGGAGUUUCAGCACUCAAGUGAGAGUGUUGCUGUUGGGAACUUUGUCUACAAGUCAUGGCUUGCUCGUAGAGCAUAUUGCAGUCGUCCACCCACUGGAAGAUUUCAGGCCCACCACUUUCAAGCCAUCAUGAACUUUUUGUUAAAGGCUGUCACACCGAGCCGUCAUGUUAAUGAUGACUGGUUGGAGCGUCUCUAUCACUCGUGUCAGCAAUGUGACAAUGACAAGGAGAAAGAGUCGGUUGCUGAUGUCUCGUUGGGAUCAAAAGCAAAUGAGAAACACUUCAGAAAUUCAGUGGAUGGUUGUGAUGCUUUGCUGUGGUUCUGGAGUCUAUGGGAGCUUGCUCGGUUUGUCAUUCUGUCAAAGAUUAGAACUCCACUUGGUGGACCUCAAGAGACAUUUCAAGCAAUUGGAAAUACUGUGAGGAGCUACUACUUGGAGCUGAAAGAAGGCAUUGAACAGUCUCCAUUGACAUCAACUGCGGUUGGGAAAGGAACUGGUGUUGGACCGAAGUAUUUCACACGGAAUCUGAGGGUCAACUUGCUUGUGAUGUUUAUGGAUCAUUUGGAGAAGCAUAUUUAUAAUGCAGAUUGUGGCUGUGCUAUAGCCUUGCAGCCUUCACCCAAGAAUAUUCGCUCGUUCUUUCGUACAAAUUCCACAACAUGCAGCGACUGGCUAAACCGUCUUCGUCUACCUCUUGCGACUAUUGCAUUGCACUGUGGAUCACCAAGUGCUACAGUGAAACAUUGCUAUGAAAAACUGGCUGUAAUCACUCCACAGGAUUCAGAGUUUGAGCAGCUGCUGGUUGUACUCGCUUCUGCUCUCUGUCGGUUGCGAGCAUCGGAAGCAUUAGCUGGUGUAAGUAUGUGGGUCAGAGAGAAGUGUGGGAGGUCAUUGUAUUGGCUGGACUCGUCAAUCAGUGUGGCUAAAGGAUGCUAUGAACAGGCUUCCAAGGGAUUAAGGAAAUGCUGGGAUAGACAGUUUGACAGUUACAGCUUGCCAAGCAGUCCCAAAUUCAACGACAUGACAAAGAAGAAUGUGUCUACUGUUGUCACCAACUACUUAGCCAAUCAGCUGCUGGACUGCUACGUCAACCUUUCAGCAUGGAAUGAAGUGAUUGAGUUUAUAGAUGUUUGUGAACAAAUGCAGGAAGACGGAAACAGCCAGCAAAGUGUUACACUGCAAUAUGAUGUGAAUUACAUCAGGGCACUCCAGAUGUUCGAUGAUUCAGACAUGAAAGAAGCACAAAAGUUCCUCAACCUUGCAGCUGGCGCCGACGCCGACAAUUUGAAGAGAUUUGCUCACGGAGGGGAAAAAGUCGAUUGUGACCUCGGCUGCAAACCAUUAUGGAAUCCACACCAGAUGCUACACGCCAGUCAGCGGCAGCUACUGCGUGCGCUUGUGUUGCUAACCGGAAAUCAUCAUGUCAGAACGGCUUCUGGAGGAGACGAGGGUUUGAACACGUUGGAUGCUAGUGAGUGUUCUGAUGUGGAUGAUGAAGGCACAAGUGCAGGCAGUAGUGUUGAGAGUGACGUUCGAACUUUGAAUAGAGUGAAGAAGUUGCUUCGUCAGGCAUCCGCGUAUUCGGAGGUUCAUCUGAGAGUGAGUGCACUUGGGUGGCCACCGCUUGUUUCGGUUCAACAUGCAGCGCAACUUCAAUGUUCUGCGGCUGUUCAGAUUGCAAUUCAAGAGAGAGCAGAGCAGGUGUCAGACAGAGAGUCUAACUCAUCUCUGUUGCCACUUCGUCCCAAGUGCUUUACUUCAUCUCUCCACGAUGCCGGCCUCGCUGCUCAUCUUCUCCGAGUUGCUUCCUUCCUCGGUCGACGAAACUACAACAUCCACGCCCACACAGUACACAACAUCACUCUCUCAUCGGCCAGACUUGCUCGAAAGCAAUCGAACUUUAACCUUGCUCGACGUCUCUUGCUGUCAAGGAUGCUCGAUGUUCAUGGAUUCGAGGUGUCUCAUCAACCGUUCACAGACGAUGCAGAUGAUGAAGACAUUGCUGACGUUCUAAGCUCUGUGACGUUAUCGGAAGGCGAGGAUCUGCUCUCGAUCUUUCAGAUCCAACAUGAAGGAGCCAAACUGCUCAAUGCAGUCGGUCAGAAUAAACGAGCAAUCGAAAUGUUAUGCUACGCAACGUCGGCUGUAUUCAAAAUGGAGUCGUAUUCGAGACAUCCCUUUGCAGAUCCGUUUGCUCGUUCGCUGUUGACGUUGUCAAAAUGGCUACAAAGCGAUCAACAAUUGGCUGUUAAUGCUCUCAGUCCAGACUCACCGAGUUACUCAUCGCUGACGUCGUUGGUUGCCAACAAACGUUCGUGGCACUUUGAGAUUAUUAAUGGGGCCAAUCUUCACAUCACGUCUGGACUGAGUGAUGUUGAUAGUUUGCCGGGUUUGCUGCUUAGUUUGGCAACGGAUACAUCGCCUGGUCUUGCAAAGGCGUGGGCUAAUUAUGCUGCUUGGUGUUAUCGAUGGGGUCGACGGACUGUGGAACAGCUCAGCAGCAUGGGGACUGUUGAGUUGUUGCCUGACGAGAAGAGCAACGCUCUGUUGUUUCUUCCGGAUGAAGCAACGAAGGAACAGAUCAAAGACGUCCUCCGUGUCCUUGGACAAGCUCACUUCAAGAGCAUCGCUCAUCAGGAAGAGCUCACGGGAGUUGAUCAGUUACGUGUGCAAUUUGGCAGUUCAAGUGCACGUGGUGGCGCUGAUGGUAUCCAGCAACAGCUGCUACAGAGUUGUCCUUCAUUGGCAUCUGGUCCAGCUGCUCGAAUCGAUCAGCUUCUCAAGGUGUGGAAAGACGUGUGUUCGAGACUGUUCUCGCACUACAGAAUGGCUGCAAAGGCAUAUUUUAGAUAUCUUCAACUCAGUGGAGAAGCUGACAAACGCGACGUCGGCAGUUCAUCUCACAGUCUACGUGAACUGAACGUCAUCGCUACGUUACGCCUUCUUCGUCUACUUGUAAAACAUGCAGAAGAACUAAGAGUAGAAUUAGCAGGCGGUUUCAACUCAACGCCAACUGAGCCAUGGAAAGCCAUUAUUCCUCAGCUGCUGUCUCGUUUGAGUCAUCCGGAUGUCAACGUUCGUCACAGCGUGACGGAGCUUGUUCGGAGGAUUGCUGUUGAUUGUCCGUAUCUUGUUAUUUAUCCUGCAGUUGUUAGUUGUCCUCUGCCUGGUGGUGCUGAUAGUAAGCAGCAACGAGGGAAUGAACAACUGUUGAGGUCAAUCUCACGAAUGGACAGCCUGACAGCAACAAACUACGGUGGCGAAGAACACACAGCUGCCUCUGCCAUGGAAGACUUUGUGUCAGUUGAAAUACUCGACAAUUUGCCAAUGGCUAAAGCAGCAGCUGCUGAAGCAUCUAGAAGCAAUGUAGAAGGAGAUGGAGAUCAAGAGGAAGAGGAAGAAGAUGAUGAGGUGACCAAAGAGAAGCAAGAAGAGAUGACAACGUUGCAAGGUUGUUUUAGGACAAUAUUGGAGACCAUUAGUGAACACUGUCCCAGACUGGUUGUUGAUGUUCAACACUUUGUGCAAGAACUGAAAAGAAUUCGUCUGUUGUGGGAAGAGCUGUGGCUUGGUGCUUUGGCUCACAGACAGCCAGAUGUCUCGAGGCGUCUUCAGCAACUCGAGGCUGAAGUCAAACGAGUUCAAGACAAUUCAACGCUCAAACAAGACGAGAAAAUGAAGAUUAUGACGGACAAACAUUUGGCUAUUAUGCGACCUGUUCUUGUUGCUCUGGAGAAAAUUCACGAGUUUACAUCACAGCCACCAGAAACCCCACAUGAAGAAUGGUUUCAGAAGACGUACAGCAAGAUGCUGGAGAAAGCAUUUGAUGCUCUUAGAAAUCCAGAUAAUCCUAGAAAGCCACGACAUUGCUGGGCACCUUUUAAAGAGUUUCAUCAGAAUUUGUAUCAGCGAUCACAGAAACGAGCAUCUAUGGCACUGAAAAUGUCCAACAUCAGUCCAAAGUUGGCACAAACAAAGAACUCAUUUAUCUGCAUGCCUGGUGUUACUGCUUCCGUUGAUGACCAUAAGGACAUCUCUGUGGAGUCAUUUGUUGAUGAUGUGCUGAUUCUGCCGACUAAGACGAGACCUAAGAAGUUUACUGUUUGUGGGUAUGAUGGACAUCGACACAGCUACCUCUUCAAAGGCCUAGAAGACAUGCACUUAGAUGAACGAAUCAUGCAGUUUCUAGGAAUUAUCAACACAAUGUUUGCUCAUGCUGAAAGAUGCGAAGACCCUCAUUUCAAGGCUCGUCACUAUGCUGUCACGCCACUCGGCAUUCGUUCAGGCCUUGUCAAAUGGGUUGACCGUGCAACACCACUUUUCUCCAUCUACAAACGAUGGCAACAGAGAGAAGCAUUGAUGCAGUCAACAAGAGUGGCGACUUUGUCCACAUCAUUGACUGCAUCUCAUGUUUCACCUCCGUUGGCUGGCAGCCACCCACAGCAUCACAAACAACAGAAUGAAGGAAUUCUUGCUCAACGACCGAGUGAGCAAUACUUCAGCAAGUUGAAGCCGCUUCUCAGUGAAAAAGGUAUUAGUGCUGAUGUUAACAAUAGAAAGCAGUGGCCGCUGGCUGUGAUGCGACAAAUGCUGGAUGAAUUGAUUGCUGAAACACCAGGAGAUUUGCUUGCAAAGGAGCUGUGGUGUGCAUCUACUGGCUCAGCAGAGUGGUGGGGAAUGACUCAAACGUAUGCUCGUUCUACAGCCGUUAUGUCAAUCGUCGGAUACAUUAUUGGUCUAGGAGACAGACAUCUUGACAACUUGAUGAUUGACUUGGCAACUGGAGAGGUCGUUCACAUCGACUACAACGUUUGCUUUGAGAAAGGACGAAUUCUACGUGUACCUGAAAAAGUGUCCUUCCGACUAACGGAAAACAUCAAAACUGCUUUUGGCCUCACCGGAGUCGAAGGAACAUUUCGUUUGUCAUGUGAGCAAGUCUUGAAGACACUUCGACGAGGUAGAGAGACAUUACUGACGCUCUUGGAAGCGUUUGUUUAUGAUCCGUUGGUUGAUUGGACGACCGGCAAUGAUGAGAUCUUCACGGCUGAGCAGACGGUUGAUAGAGCGGAGAAGGCACAACUGAGCGACAAGAAGGAAAUGGAGAGAGGAAUAACGCAGACGAUGUUGAGUUCGCGUGUGGCUGAAAUGAGAGCCGAAUGGAAAAAGAACAAAGCUGACGUUGCUAAUGAAUUCCAACAGCUUCUUGAGUGUGUUGAUAAGAUUCUCUCUCUACAACGACUACAAACUGAGACCACCAAGAGAAUAAACAGACUUCAAUUGCAAAUCAAAUUAAUGCAAGAAGUUGUCACUGUAGGCACCAAUCACCCAGUUUUUCAUGCUCAAGCAAGGUAUGAUGCUCAUCAACGUCUCAGUUGUGAACAAGCCGAUGCACUUCGCAUUUCUCGAGAAAAGAAAGCCGACAGUGAGCGAUGGCAAGCCAAACACGAACACACACUCAGUCGCUUGUACGCCAACGAGCUUACGACUCUACAGAGCGACGCAUCUCACGACAUCAACAUCGAACAGUCGGGAUGUUUGGCUGCAACGGACUUCCUCACCAAGACAGGUCAAGGUCACUUGAUAGUGCAGUGCAGUCAGGCCCACGAUGAGCUACUGCAGGAGCUUACAAAGUGUCGCAGUGUGGUCACUAGUUGUUUGACGUCGCUUGAAUUGUAUGAGAGAAUUAUUAGUCAUUACUCUGCGGCUAAGUUUAUUGCUGGGAAUCGCAGCCGGGAGUGGCAGCAGCUGUUUGAUUCAUUGCUAUCACAGACGAGUUCUCUGAAUUGUGCGAAGGUUUAUAAGGCGUAUUGUAGCUGUCAUCCUGUUGACGUUGAUGUGUCGUGUUCGCCGGCUGUACGAGCUAAGCUGCUGGCGGUUCAUAGAGAUCUUCAUCUGUCGCUUGUUGAGGAGAAUACAAAACUAGCGAAGCUUUCUGAACGACAACCUUCAAACACAGACAUUGCUGCUCUUGAUCACACUGCACAAUCAAAUAACACCACAUUGCGCCGUCUUUUGACAACAGUCCCACACGCACCUGCCAGUCUCACCUGCAUCGUCACGUCAGCACUAGCAACAUUAAACACAAGAUGGCUAAUGAUGGAGAAAACAGCAAUGAACGCUGGCAAUCGAUUACACGAGUUGAUAUCAAGAAAUGGUGAUUGGUUUCUAGACGAGCUACUGACGAUGAGUUUAAACGUCACUCAGAUGGUUGAAUUGCUACAUAUUGCACCAAUGAAUGAGGCAGCAGGGAAAGCAAGCGCUGAAGGCUUUCAAGUUGUUGUUGCUACUACAUCAGUGUAUGAGACAUUGCAGGAGCUUGUUCACAAGGUUCAAUCAAGUGUUGCACCACAACUGCUUCAAGCACUGCUGGCCGACGAGCCAGGAUUGGAUGAAGUCUUGGAGUGUCUAGAAACAGCCAAUAAAGCAAUGACAGACCAACAGGCACGUCAAGAACUCACAACCGGAUUCGGAUCAGGCGGACUUCAUGCUGAUUUGUUGACAGACUUGGCACGCGAGUCUUACGUUGAACUGCUUCAAUCCUCAUCAGGUGUUUAUGCUCAGGUGUUGAACAUUCUGGAUCAACUGUUUGGUGCUGUUGAGUACGGAUUGGCUGAUCUCUACGAAUGCGUACAUCAGCAGGUGCCUAUUCCUCCUCAAUAUAUUGAUAUCCCUCUUGUAAAGGAGGCGACGACUCUCAGUGCUCAUCGAUCGGGUGGUGGCUUCAUGCACAGCUUCACUGCAGACUCCAUGAUUUCUCUGAAACUUCAAUGUGUGACGUCAUUCUUCAAACGAUGUCAGCAGUAUGCAUUCUGUCUCAAAUCAGCGACACAACCAGAAACUCCAAAGGAUCUUGUUCUGUGGCUUCAGUUUUGUGCCAGCAUUGGAGCUGCAGCAUUGGCUGGAGGUCCAGUAAGUGGCUCGUCUGUCCAGGUUUCUAAUCGGCGUCUUAAUGUGGAGUUCCUGCUGUUGCCUGUGAGAGAGUUUGUGUCUGGCUGUAUUUUGCAACAUUUGGUUGGUCUUCCGAGUGAAUCGUUAGCGUCUGGACUUCUACACUUUUUGCCAACUUUGGGAGCAAACAUUGAGGAUAUUGUUAUGAAGGCACGACCAGCUGUUGGUUCUGAUGGUGUCUCAAGUAGUCAAGUUACAUUAGAACUGCUAGCACAGAAGACAAUCGAAUGGAACAUCCAUACAGGAAACGUAACUCGCCCAUCACUAAAUUCAGUUGGCAGAGCCAUCCGAGAGCUUGACGGUGCAUGGAGAAAAGUUGACAUCGCAAAGCGACUCGAAAACAAUGCAGACUUGACACGAACUAACAUAGCAAACCUACAGCUUCAUUUGGCACAGUUUCAGUGGCUUCAUGAAGAUUUGGUUGUGGCAACAAAGGCACACCAUGGUGUGGGUAUGACGCAACCAGCUAGAAACAGCGUGAUGUCAGAAUUGAGGAAGCAAUGUAGUGCACUACAACAGUCAAACAUGUCUGUCAUGAACGCUCACGAGAAACUCAGGAACCAGGAAAACACGGUUAUUCAGCGGCUUCGUUGGGCUGCUGCCUCAAAUCCUUCACUAGCUACUGUCAUGAAAGACAUCGAGUCAUCCCAAGUGUCUCUCAAAAUGACCCUUGAGAGUUUAACCGAAUUGCCAUCAGACGUGUUGUCAAUGGUCGAGACUGUGCUGCAUUUUGAGGCCCACAGAACUCAAACGCCAGAGAGCGUGGCUGCUGAUCGAUCGGUUGUGUCGCUGCUUGAAAGACUACAGAAAUCGACGAGAGCACUAGAAGAACACGCUCAAACACUCGAAGAUGCACGACAUCUGUUGAAGACUAUUGAGCCAACUGUGGGGUCUCUGCCUCGUCCUCUCACGAUGCAAUGGAUUCAGACUCGUCUUCAAGAUAUUCACCUCGAGAAGGUCGCCGAAGAAUCAAAGAUACAGGAAGCUAAAUCAGACGUCAAGAAACAAACGUUAAGCUUUCCCGAUUACAGUCGAAGGCUACUGGCAGCUUGGAAAAUGCAGUCAAAUCUCUUGCAUGAAGUCUCCAAGAUGCUCGAGUCAAUGACCGAGUAUGAGAAGGAGAGUGGCGUAUCAGGGUCAGGUGUUAGUGUGUCAACAUACUUAGAACAACAGACGGAGUUUGCGUGUGACUUGAAGGAGUUUACCGACCACAUGAGGAACGUCACUCAGACAGAGACACUCGGCGAUUAUUCUGCCAUACAUGACGUUGCUGCUGGCCUCCUAACAAAAGCACAAUGGUUGCAUGACCAACUACUUGCACUGACUGGGCAAACAGAAGGAGGUAGCGAGAUGGCCAAUCAGUUGAUGUUGCCACCUCAAGUGAACACCAAGCUUGUGAAGGGUGGUGUGGCAAAGGAACCUUCCAUAACAAUCAUAACACGCAAUACGGACAUCAAGAGUGUUUUAGAGACGGAGACUGAGGCAUCAGAGAGAGAGCCGUCUGCAACUAGACCUUUGAGAGGUCGAGAUCCAAGAACAGGAAAAGCAUUGCAAGAACGCAAUACUUACGCUGUCAAUGUGUGGCGGCGUGUCAAGGCUAAACUGGAAGGUCGAGACAUCGACCCAAACAAGCGAAUGUCUGUAGUCGAACAGGUCGACUUCGUGAUCCAGGAAGCCACAAACAAAGACAACCUCUGUGUUAUGUACGAGGGCUGGACGCCAUGGGUGUAAACGCAAAACAACGUUGUGAGAUGUCAAAUGAUCAAACGUGCAAGUGGUGCACAAGUCAAACGGGGAGCUAAGCUGGUAGAGUCCUACAGAGUUCUACGACGCAGUCUCACUGGCAGUGGAGGGAUGGGGAGAUAGACAGGAGCCAAUGCAUCACUUAGAUUGGCUGUGGGGUAAGCUAUUCCUCCCUCUCUUAGCCAGUUGCUUCCUUUCCUAUCGUCUCAUAUCAAUAGCAUCGUCGUUCGAUAUGAUAUUUGUAGCUAGAAGGUUGACUGCACAUUUGGGGGUCGAGUGGACACGUCGGUAUGGAUCUAGGUUUGCGGUCAAUGUAGUUGCGAUGUGUUUUACUGAUUAACAACAUUGAAAAAAGACAAACAA